AUGCUCGAAACUAUCCUCCGAUGCGCGUCUCCGAAAACUCAAUUUGUUGCGCGGAAUAUCAAUACCAAAUGGCGACAAACAAUCGACUAUAUCCUGGGGUCUUCGUAUCGCUCCCCUGAGCCUUGCGCGUCCGUACAAUACGGUGAUGCAAUUGAUGCACAAGUAUUUGCCGUGCCGGCACCCGACGAAGAAGUAAAAGAUGCCGAACAACAAGCUUCUAGGCUCUCACAGAUGCUGCCUCCCGAGGCUUCCCAAGUUUCUUACACUGCUCUAAUAACACAAGCACAUUCUCUUUCUCAAUCGGCGUAUGAUGCGUAUCAGGCUGUGUAUGAGCGUGUGUGGAGAGCCCCGGCGUUCUCGUUCAGUAGUGGCGUACGGCGAUGGGUUGAUUGGAGCCAGUUUGUCUUCUAUCCAUACCUUCUACAACUACUUUUGGGACGUAUGGAGUUGGAGUUUGGCAGAUGCGACAUUGCCUUAAAGGGUGGCCCCGGUCCACCAACUGCGUAUCGAAGCCCGCUUGUAGGUGCGAAUUUCCACCAACUUCUUGGACCAAUGUUUCUCACGCAACCGCCCUGCAAAGCACUCGGCACCUACAUCCCCACAGUAGGUAGGAGUUCGAUAGCCCCCGUCAGGGUUGCCAACAAGCAAAAACACUAUUCGUGGUGCUACUAUGGGUAUCCAAAGUUCAUCAUAUUCCUUGAGAAAGUCGACGACGAAGUACCAGAUGCUUUGACAAAGACAUACCAUCAUUAUGGUGAGGAUUUUGCAAACAUACAUGGACGCUCAAAUAAAAAGGAUAGACUAGUAUAA